ACUCGAGUUGGAAGAGGCGAGUCCGGUCUCAAAAUGGAGGGCCAUGAUCCAAAGGAACCAGAGCAGUUGAGAAAACUGUUUAUUGGUGGUUUGAGCUUUGAAACUACAGAUGAUAGUUUAAGAGAACAUUGUGAAAAAUGGGGCACACUUACAGACUGUGUGGUGAUGAGAGACCCCCAAACAAGACGUUAGGGGUUUGGUUUUGUGACUUACUCUUGUGUGGAGGAGGUGGAUGCAGCAAUGUGUGCUCGACCACACAAGGUUGAUGGGCGUGUAGUGGAACCAAAGAGAGCUGUUUCUAGAGAGGAUUCUGUAAAGCCUGGUGCCCAUCUAACUGUGAAGAAAAGUUUUGUUGGUGGCAUUAAAGAAGAUACAGAAGAAUAUAAUUUGAGAGACUACUUUGAAAAGUAUGGCAAGAUUGAAACCAUAGAAGUUAUGGAGGACAGGCAGAGUGGAAAAAAGAGAGGAUUUGCUCUUGUAACUUUUGAUGAUCAUGAUACAGUUGAUAAAAUUGUUGUUCAGAAAUACCACACUAUUAAUGGGCAUAACUGUGAAGUGAAAAAGGCCCUUUCUAAACAAGAAAUGCAGUCUGCUGGAUCGCAAAGAGGUCGUGGAGGUGGAUCCGGCAACUUUAUGGGUCGCGGAGGAAACUUUGGUGGAAGAGGAGGCUACAGUGGUGGAGGUGGUGGCCACAGAGGUAGCUAUGGAGGAGGUGAUGGUGGAUGUAAUGGAUCUGGAGGUGAUGGUGGCAGCCAUGGUGGUGGGCCUGGUUCUGGAGGUAGAGGAGGCUAUGGUGGAGGUGGACCAGGAUAUGGAAACCAAGGAGGUGGAUAUGGUGGUGGAGGAUAUGAUGGUUACAAUGAAGGAGGAAAUUUUGGAGGUAACUAUGGUGGUGGUGGGAACUAUAAUGAUUUUGGAAAUUACAGUGGACAACAGCAAUCAAAUUAUGGACCCAUGAAGGGGGGCAGUUUUGGUGGAAGAAGCUCGGGCAGUCCCUACGGUGGUGGUUAUGGAUCUGGUGGUGGAAGUGGUGGAUAUGGUAGCAGAAGGUUCUAAAAAUUUUCAGAAGAAAAGGGCUACAGUUCUUAGCAGGAGCGAGAGCGAGGAGUUGUCAGGAAAGCUGCAGGAUACUUUGAGACAGUCGUCCCAAAUGCAUUAGAGGAACUGUAAAAAUCUGCCACAGAAGGAACGAUGAUCCAUAGUCAGAAAAGUUACUGCAGCUUAAACAGGAAACCCUUCUUGUUCAGGACUGUCAUAGCCACAGUUUGCAAAAAGUGCAGCUAUUGAUUAAUGCAAUGUAGCGUCAAUUAGAUGUACAUUCCUGAGGUCUUUUAUCUGUUGUAGCUUUGUCUUUUUCUUUCUCUUUUCAUUACAUCAGGUAUAUAGCCCUGUAAAUUGUGGUAGUGGUACCAGGAAUAAAAAAUUAAGGAAUUUUUAACUUUUCAA